AUGACCAGUCGAGCUAUGUCCAAGGACACAUGCAACGAUUCUGCCAAGAGCGAAACGAUGGCUAGCAAUUGCAGUCGCUCUGAGGAAUCCUUACAAGCGCUGUCGGGCUGUCCCUCCAGCAUGAACACGCGGGACUCUGGACAUCUCGACCGGAUCAUAACACAGCGGUUCGAGCCUGAGGACGCGAUACGUAUGAAUGCUAGCAUGGAAAAGACUGCAACGGUGCGAGGAAGCCAAGAAAGUGUACCAAACCGCUCCAUCAUCUCUCGCAUCUUCACCAACAAGCCAACCGGUAGCAUCGAUUUGCCGCCCGACGGAGGCUACGGCUGGGUGUGCUGCCUGUGCGUAACCCUGAUCAUGUUCUCAACGUGGGGCGCUAGCUGCGGGUUUGGAGUGUAUCUGGCAUACUACUUCAACAACGGAGUUUUCGCAGGUGCCUCCAAGUACGAUUAUGCCUUGAUAGCUGGCAUGACUGUAGCCUUUGGGCAGGGCAUGGCACCCGUGGCAUUAUUUCUGACCCGCGUGAUGGGCUGCAAGGGACCCAUGUACAUCGGCAUUGUGAUGAUGUUUCUUGGCCUCCUUUUGGCAUCGUUUGCUACCAAACUAUGGCAGCUGUACCUAACACAGGGCGUGCUGGUCGGUAUUUCCAGUGCCUUACUUUAUGCACCUGCAACCACGGUUCUACCUGGUUGGUUCCUCAAAAAGAGAUCCAUGGCGCUUGGUUUCUCGCUGACUGGUACUGGAGCUGGUGGUGUAACUUACUCCAUGUCCGUUAGCAAGCUUAUACAGGAAACUGGAGAUCAGCGGUGGGCGCUUCGUAUGAUGGCCAUAGCGUGUUCUCUUACCAGCAUAGUAGCCACGCUGCUACUACGACAAAGAAAUCCUACCAAACCUUGUGGCUACAAAUCCUGGUCGGCAAUCGUGCAGCAGUUCAGACUAAUAUUUUCUUUACGUGUUGCAACUAUGUACAGUGUUGAGCUGGUGGCCGUAUGGUUUGCAUUCGCAUUGUUUGGAUACAAUUUGAUGGUUUUCACUCUCUCACCGUACGCUGUCGCCAAAGGCCUGCCUGCCAACCAGGCAGCGCUUUUGACCACUUGCUUAAACGCGGCACAAUGUGUGGGUAGACCCGCUAUGGGGUAUCUUGGAGAUAGAUUUGGCCGGAUCAAUAUUACCGUGAUGUUAACUCGAUUUUGACUAUUUUCAUGUUCGCAUUUUGGCUUACCUGCCACAAUUUCAUUCAACUAUUGUUUUUCUCGAUUUGCAUUGGGUCCUGUGUCGGUGUUGCUAACGUCAUGAGUACGGUGCUAAUAGCCGACGUUAUUCACCCAGAUGAUUUUCUGCCCGCUUGGAGUUUGGUAAACUCGCUCGGAUCACCGUUUUUAUUGGUCUGUGAAGUGAUCGCCCAAGCACUAACCAACUCUUCCAAUCCUGCUGAUCCAUAUCUUCACACUCAGAUAUUUGCUGGACUGUGCUUCUUCUGUGCGCUGAUACUCAUACUAUUGUUACGUGAAAUGAGCGUUAGAUCGAAACUAGAGAAAAGCGUUCAUAUCAUGAGUUCCAGUAGUGUGGAUACCUCUAGAAACUGUGGUGACAAACACAUCGAUGAGUACAAGUUGAAUGAAAAGCAUACCAUGUACAGUGCUUUGCUUGAGAGGGGUUACAAACGCUAUUUCCAACGCAUGUUCCAUUUAACUAAGGUGUGA